CUUGACCCCGGCGUGGCGCGGAGCUCUGACGUCACCGGCGCGCGCCGCGGCUCGGGAUGCAGCGGGCGGCGAUCGGCGCGUGCGGGAGGGCCCCCCCGGCCCGGUUCUUCCGUGCUGCCCGCCCGGUGCUGGCGGCGGACAAGGAGGCGCUGCUGGAGCUGCGGCGGCGAACGGGGCUGCCCUUCGUGCAGUGCCGGGAGGCGCUGCAGCGCUGCGGGGGGGACCGCGGAAAGGCCGAGGCCUGGCUGCAGGAUCAGGCCCAGCAGAGGGGCUGGGCCCGGGCCAGCAUCCUCAGGGGGCGACCGACCCCCCAAGGGCUGGUGGGGCUGCUCCGGGAGGGGACAGCGGCUGCCAUGGUGGAGGUGAACUGUGAGACCGAUUUCGUGGCCAGGACAGGCGAGUUUCAGCAGCUGGUGGAGCUGGUGGCUGUGGCCACCAUGGGCCACUGCCGGGCCAGCAAACAGGCCACUGCCUGUGACAAGCACCUGCUGCAGGAGGAGGAGCUGAUGCAGCUGCGGGGAGAGCCGGGGGGGGCUCUGCUCAGGGAGCAACUGGCACUGGCCAUGGGGAAGCUGGGGGAGAAGCUGAACCUGCGCCGGGCCGGGUGGCUGCGGGUGCCAGAGGGGGAGGGGCUGGUGGCCACCUACACCCAUGGGUGGCUACCAACGGGCCCUGCCCCUGUGGUCAUGGGCACCUACGGGGCUUUGGUGGCCCUGGGGGUGACAGCAGAGGGGCCACCCCCCCCCCAAGCCACCCUGGAGGAGGUGGGGAGGAAGGUGGCUCAGCACGUGGUAGGGAUGGCACCCACCUCCUUGGGGACCCCCCAGGACCCUCCCGGGGGCGAGGGGGAGACGAGGCUGCUGGCCCAGGGGUUCCUGCUGCAACCCGAGGUGACCCUGGGGCAGUGGGUGCGGGAGCAGGGGGGGGCGGUGGCCGUGAGGGGCUUCCUGAGGUUCCAAUGUGGGGAGGAGACCGGGGAGGGGGAGGCACAGAGUGGGGAGGGGACCCGGGAUGUGACAACAGUGGCGGGAUAGGGUGAGGAAGGGGAGGUCCCCACGGACUGGGGACGGGGGGUCAGCCCCACAGGGUGGGGGGGGCUCAGGCCCACAGAUCGGGGGUGGUCAUGGAGGGGGUGUUACUGGGACCCCCCCCCCCCCCAUGUGUCCAUGGGUGAGACACAAUAAAGCUGUGAAGGAA